UAGCAAAAUUUAAAGAUUUAAACCGGAUUUCUUCUCAUGACAUGGCUCUGAUUCUGUGCUGCCUCCAAACUCCGCGGAUAUCUUGAUUUCAGUGGUUGAGUUUUUAAAAAAUGAUCCAAGUGCAGAAGACGCAGAUUUAAGUUUUAAAAGAAAUUCUAACACGGUCGAAAUGCUUAACCUAAGAUGGGUUUCUGCGUGCGUUUUGGCUUUCAUCUGUGCGUCCCAGAGUGUUAAAGUUAGUAAUCAGGAUGGACAGACUUUUUUGGAGGAUAUUUUACACUAUUUUGGUGAGAAUAAUUCAAUUACCACAGUGCAUUUGCAAGAUUUACUGCUUUUAAUCUCAUCCAGAAGGUCGAAUUUAAUAAGUGAAGAAAAUCCACUGGAAAACAAAGAGUGUCCCUCUGCAGAGCAGAUUUUGUUCCACUAUGAGUUGAGUAAUGUCACUGAGCUGACCGUGGGACAUCUGGGGAGGAUCUGCCCCGCUGUGUUGACCCAGGUUUUGCUGCCCUCCUGCCCCUACACCACCCCCUUGAAUCUGCCGCCUCUCGACUACUCUGUGUGGGGUUAUGGCUUUCUGGCUGUUACUAUCAUCAAUCUGGCGUCUCUGCUUGGGCUCCUGCUGAUCUCCUUCACCAAGAAGUCUUACUUCCCCAAAGUGCUGACCUACUUCAUUGGCCUGGCCAUCGGGACGCUCUUCUCCAACGCUGUACUGCAGCUCAUACCAGAGGCCCUGGGGUUUGAUCCCAAAGCUGAUAACUAUGUGGCGAAUGCAGUUGGGAUAUUUGGAGGAUUUUACCUGCUAUUCUUUGUGGAAAAGAUACUGAAGAUAUCUCUCCGCAUGGACCACGAGCAUGGCCACAGCCACUUCACUCCUGCAGAUCCACCUCAAGAAAACACUCUCCAAAAUGGAGACAUACAAGAAAUAAAGGACUCCAUAGUUUUGACAAACAUCUCCACUGUCGCUGCUGAUAAGAGCAACCCAAACUCUGAGCCCACACAGACAAAUAUGACCCUGUCUCAGGAUGCCCAGGUGUCCGGAGUUAUGUGCCACUGGCUGCGUGGGAAACACAUCACCAGCAUCAGGACGGUGGCAUGGAUGAUAACUCUGAGCGACGCCCUGCACAACUUCAUCGAUGGUUUGGCCAUCGGUGCUUCGUUCACUGUGUCCGUAAUGACGGGGUUCAGUACGUCGACUGCCAUUGUGUGUGAGGAGUUUCCCCAUGAGCUGGGUGACUUUGUUAUCCUGCUGAAUGCUGGAAUGAGCGUUCCCCAAGCCAUCUUCUUCAACCUGCUGUCAGCAAUGUCAUGUUACUUCGGCCUUGUGUUCGGCAUCCUGCUUGGAAGCAACUUUGCCCCCAACGUAAUCUUUGCCAUCGCAGGAGGAAUGUUUCUGUACAUUGCGCUGGCAGACAUGUUUCCAGAAAUGGACAGCAUAGCACGGGAACAAAGACAAACUUCCAGCAAGAUCAUCUUCUUUCUGAUCCAGAAUGCAGGUUUGCUCACCGGGUUCACCAUCAUCCUCCUCAUCACCAUGUUUGCAGGGGACAUUAACCUGGGCUAGAAGAGACCGAGACCCAAACUUGAAAAAAAUAAGCUGCCUUCAUUUCUGCUCUGACACCAGGGGCAGGAAAGUAAAUGUAAAGUGAAUGUUUUGUACAAACAAAACUGAAUUUUAAAGGGGAAAAUAAAUGUAUGCUUUUAUACCUUUGGACUAUGAAUUUAGUAAAAUGUUUACUUCAUAAAGAGGGAAAAUCUUUACAAUCAUCAUAUGCAAAAUCUAAUGACAUUUGUUAAAAGGAGAUAAGUGAUUUUUUUUUCAAUCUUCAUGUAUAGUGAAAUAUUUUACAUUUACCUCAAUGAUGCUGUGGGAGAGUUUACAGUACACUGGCUACUUAAAUUACCAAACAAAAUAAAAAAACUUGAAAAU